AUGAACGGACUAACCUUCGCUUUAGUUGUCACGGUUUGCGUCGGGGUGACCUUGGCUACCACCUAUCGUCCCACUUACCCGACACAUGACGAUGACUGGACCCUGUACCCAAGGGAACCAAUAAGGAAUGGUCAGUUAGUAAAGGGUUACAAGGGACCAGCUAGGGCUGGAUACAUUGGUUCCGGUUCUGUAUAUCCCGGAUAUGUAAGGACAGGGUUUCUCGGAAUGGGACAAGGCGGAAACACUUACGUCGGAUCAGGACUUUCAAGGGUUUUAGGACACCAGGACACCAUAAUGUAUCCUACCCAUCACCAACAAGACGCAUUCAAGCAUGCGGGGAGACGUUAUCGACGUUCAACUGGAGAUUACCCUACAAAUUCAUUCGACGUAUACAGACGAUACCCGGAUGAACACCGUAGAUACCCGGGUGUCUUUCCACAGUACACAAACAGAUACCCGACAAGGACAGCGUAUAGGCGUAAGUAUUCUGUCAAAUCCUUUCAAAAGCAUGAGAGUUGA